AUGUCCGGCGAUCCUGAACUACCGAGGAGACAACAUCUCGAGAUUCAUCACCGCAUGCGGCCACGCCACAAUGUUUUCCAGCCGCCACAACGCAGACGGCCGGGGAUUCGAAAGCCCACAGGCCUAGAGUCGACUCCUUACGACCACAAUUUGGGGCCAAUGUGCGUGGGUAAACAGUCAGCCAUUGAUGCCUUCGUCUGCCCUGCACGCACUCACGGUACUAUCCGAUACAAGGCGACGACCUCCGGCUGGCAGAGUCUGAGGCGGGAAGCCUACAAGCCACAUGUAUUUGAUGCUUUCACGUGCAAGUCUUCCGCCGUGGCAAACCUUCCAUGUUGCCGUGCAGACGCGUUGAAUCAUGAGUCUGAAAGCAUUCGAGGCUUUUAUGUUUGUGGCCUUUGCUGGGAACUUUUCAAGCGAAAACAGAUCGUCUCAAGCAGUUUCUCAUCUUCUUCAAAUGAUCGAUCACAGCAAGGGCUGCAGGCUGCAAAUGUACCUGACGGCAAGCUUUUGCCGGAACACGACCAUGAUAACUCGAAUAUGUUGAAGAUUACUGAGCUGCGAGGGCACUAGUAAGACGAUCUGUCUAUCUCAACGGGCGUCUUCCUAAACGUCAAGCCAAGACGUUGCUUGACUUCAGUGGAGACCUUGACUUCAAAGGAUCUGUCACAAAAGCUCGGUCGCUCAAAGGACGCCACAUCGACCGACGCGUCUCGACUUGCUGACAAGCGGGUGCUAAAUAUCCUUGGCGAGGCCUUUGCCGAUUGCGGAACCUCGCUAGGCGUAUAGGAAUAAGCUGAUCAUAUCAGCUAAUUAUCCCAACAUUGUCUCCUUGAUGACCAACUUUGAUAGUGUACGAG